AUGGACGUGGACGUGGUCGUGGACGUGGACGUGGUCGUGGACGUGGUCGUGGACGUCGACGUGGACGUGGACGUGGACGUGGUCGUGGACGUGGACGUGGACGUGGACAUGGUCGUGGACGUGGACGUGGACGUGGACGUGGACGUGGACGUGGACAUGGUCGUGGACGUGGACGUGGACGUGGACAUGGACGUGGACGUGGACGUGGACCUGGACAUGGACGUGGACGUGGACGUGGACAUGGUCGUGGACGUGGUGGACGUGGACGUGGACGUGACGUGGACGUGGUUGUGGACGUGGUCGUGGACGUGGACGUGGACGUGGACGUGGACGUGGUCGUGGACGUGGUCGUGGACGUGGACGUGGACGUGGACGUGGACGUGGACCUGGACGUGGACGUGGACAUGGACGUGGACGUGGACGUGGACGUGGACGUGGACGUGGACGUGGACGUGGUCGUGGACGUGGACGUGGACGUGGACGUGGACGUGGUCGUGGACGUGGUCGUGGACGUGGACGUGGACGUGGAGGUGGACGUGGACGUGGUCGUGGACGUGGACGUGGACGUGGACAUGGACGUGGUCGUGGACGUGGACGUGGACGUGGUCGUGGACGUGGUCGUGGACGUGGACGUGGACGUGGACGUGGACGUGGACGUGGACAUGGACGUGGACGUGUGGACGUGGACAUGGACGUGGUUGUGGACGUGGUCGUGGACGUGGACGUGGACGUGGACGUGGACGUGGUCGUGGACGUGGUCGUGGACGUGGACGUGGACGUGGACGUGGACGUGGACCUGGACGUGGACGUGGACAUGGCCGUGGACGUGGACGUGGACGUGGACCUGGACGUGGACGUGGACAUGGUCGUGGACGUGGUCGUGGACGUGGACGUGGACGUGGACGUGGAGGUGGACGUGGACGUGGACGUGGACGUGGACGUGGACGUGGACGUGGACCUGGACGUGGACGUGGACCUGGACGUGGACGUGUGGACGUGGACAUGGACGUGGACGUGUGGACGUGGACGUGGACGUGGACGUGGACGUGGACGUGGACGUGGACGUGGACGUGGACGUGGACGUGGACGUGGACGUGGACGUGGUCGUGGACCGUGGACCGUGGACAUGGACGUGGACGUGGACGUGGACCUGGACGUGGACGUGUGGACGUGGACAUGGACGUGGACGUGGACGUGGACGUGGACGUGGACGUGGACGUGGACGUGGACGUGGACGUGGACGUGGACGUGGACGUGGACGUGGGACGUGGACGUGGUCGUGGACGUGGACGUGGACAUGGACGUGGACGUGGACGUGGACAUGGACAUGGACGUGGACGUGGACAUGGACGUGGACGUGUGGACGUGGACGUGGACGUGGACGUGGACGUGGACGUGGUCGUGGACGUGGUCGUGGACGUGGACGUGGACGUGGACGUGGACGUGGACGUGGUCGUGGACGUGGACGUGGACGUGGACGUGGACAUGGACGUGGUCGUGGACGUGGUCGUGGACGUGGACGUGGACGUGGACGUGGACGUGGACGUGGUCGUGGACGUGGUCGUGGACGUGGACAUGGAAGUGGACGUGGACGUGGACGUGGACGUGGACGUGGACGUGGACAUGGACGUGGACGUGGACGUGGACGUGGACGUGGACAUCGUCGUGGACGUUGACGUGGACGUGGACGUGGACGUGGACGUGGACAUGGUCGUGGACGUGGACGUGGACGUGGACAUGGACGUGGACGUGGACGUGGACGUGGACGUGGACAUGGACCUGGACGUGGACGUGGAUGUGGACGUGGACGUGGACGUGGACGUGGACCUGGACGUGGACGUGGACGUGGACGUGGACGUGGACGUGGACGUGGACGUGGACGUGGACGUUGACGUGGACGUGGACGUGGACGUGGAGGACGUGGACCUGGACGUGGACGUGGAUGUGGACGUGGACGUGGAGGUGGACAUGGAGGUGGACAUGGAGGUGGACGUGGACGUGGACACGUGGACGUGGACGUGGACGUGGACGUGGUCACUGGACGUGGACGUGGACAUGGACGUGGACGUGGACAUGGACAUGGACGUGGACGUGGACGUGGACGUGGACGUGGACGUGGACGUGGACGUGGACGUGGACGUGGACGUGGAUAUGGACGUGGACGUGGAUAUGGACGUGGACGUGGACGUGGACGUUGACGUGGACGUGGACGUGGACGUGGACGUGGACGUUGACGUGGACGUGGACGUGGACGUGGACGUGGACGUGGACGUGGACGUGGACGUGGACGUGGUCGUGGACGUGGACGUGGACGUGGACGUGGACGUCGACGUGGUCGUGGACGUGGUCGUGGACGUGGACGUGGACGUGGACGUGGACGUGGACGUGGUCGUGGACGUGGUCGUGGACGUGGACGUGAACGUGGACGUGGACGUGGACCUGGACGUGGACGUGGACGUGGACGUGGACAUGGUCGUGGACGUGGACGUGGAAGUGGACGUGGACUGGACGUGGACAUGGUGGACGUGGACGUGUACCUGGACGUGGACGUGGACGUGGACGUGGACCUGGACGUGGACAUGGACGUGGACGUGGUCGUGGACGUGGACGUGGUCGUGGACGUGGACGUGGACGUGGUCGUGGACGUGGACGUGGACGUGGUCGUGGACGUGGUCGUGGACGUGGACGUGGACGUGGACGUGGACGUGGACAUGGACGUGGACGUGUGGACGUGGACAUGGACGUGGACGUGGUCGUGGACGUGGACGUGGUCGUGGACGUGGUCGUGGACGUCGACGUGGACGUGGACGUGGACGUGGUCGUGGACGUGGACGUGGACGUGGACAUGGUCGUGGACGUGGACGUGGACGUGGAGGUGGACGUGGACGUGGACGUGGACAUGGUCGUGGACGUGGACGUGGACGUGGACAUGGACGUGGACGUGGACGUGGACCUGGACAUGGACGUGGACGUGGACGUGGACAUGGACGUGGACGUGUGGACGUGGACGUGGACGUGGACGUGGACGUGGUCGUGGACGUGGUCGUGGACGUGGACGUGGACGUGGACGUGGACGUGGUCGUGGACGUGGUCGUGGACGUGGACGUGGACGUGGACGUGGACGUGGACCUGGACGUGGACGUGGACAUGGACGUGGACGUGGACGUGGACGUGGACCUGGACGUGGACGUGGACAUGGUCGUGGAGGUGGACGUGGACGUGGACGUGGAGGUGGACGUGGAGGUGGACGUGGACGUGGACGUGGACGUGGACGUGGACAUGGACGUGGACGUGGACGUGGACGUGGACAUGGACGUGGACGUGGACGUGGACAUGGACGUGGACGUGGACGUGGACGUGGACGUGGUCGUGGACGUGGACGUGGACGUGGACGUGGACGUGGACGUGGACGUGGUCGUGGACGUGGACGUGGACGUGGACGUGGUCGUGGACGUGGACGUGGUCGUGGACGUGGACGUGGACGUGGACGUGGACGUGGACGUGGACGUGGUCGUGGACGUGGUCGUGGACGUGGACAUGGACGUGGACGUGGACCUGGACGUGGACAUGGACGUGGACGUGGACGUGGACGUGGACGUGGACGUGGACGUGGACAUCGUCGUGGACGUGGACGUGGACGUGGACGUGGACGUGGACGUGGACGUGGACAUGGUCGUGGACGUGGACGUGGACGUGGACAUGGACGUGGACGUGGACGUGGACCUGGACAUGGACGUGGACGUGGACGUGGACGUGGACAUGGACGUGGACGACGUGGACAUGGACGUGGACGUUGACGUGGACGUGGACGUGGAGAUGGACGUGGACGUGGACAUGGACGUGGACGUAACCUUGGACGUGGACGUGGACGUGGACUGGACGUGGACAUGGACGUGGACGUGGACGUGGAGAUGGACGUGGACGUGGACGUGGACGUGGACGUGGACCUGGACGUGGACCUGGACGUGGACGUGGACGUGGACGUGGACGUCGACCUGGACGUGGACGUGGACCUGGACGUGGACGUGGACGUGGUCGUGGACGUGGUCGUCGACGUGGACGUGGACGUGGACGUGGAUGUGGACGUGGACGUGUGGACGUGGACGUGGACGUGGACGUGGUCAUGGACGUGGACGUGGUCGUGGACGUGGUCGUGGACGUGGACGUGGUCGUGGACGUGGACGUGGACGUGGACGUGGACGUGGUCGUGGACGUGGUCGUGGACGUGGACGUGGACGUGGGCGUGGACGUGGACGUGGACCUGGAGAUGGACGUGGACGUGGACGUGGACGUGGACGUGAACGUGGACGUGGACGUGGUCGUGGACGUGGACGUGGUCGUAGACGUGGACUUGGACUUGGUCGUGGACGUGGACGUGGACGUGGACAUGGACGUGGACGUGGACGUGGACGUGGACGUGGACAUGGACGUGGACGUGGACGUGGACAUGGACGUGGACGUGGACGUGGACGUGGACAUGGACGUGGACGUGUGGACGUGGACGUGGACGUGGACGUGGACGUGGACGUGGACCUGGACGUGGACGUGGACGUGGACGUGGACCUGGACGUGGACGUGGACGUGGACCUGGUCGUGGACGUGGACGUGGACGUGGACGUGGUCAUGGACGUGGAGGACGUGGACAUGGACGUGGACGUUGACGUGGACGUGGACGUGGAGAUGGACGUGGACGUGGACGUGGACGUAGACGUAAACUUGGACGUGGACGUGGACGUGGACGUGGACGUGGAAGUGGACAUGGACGUGGACGUGGACGUGGACGUGGACAUGGUCGUGGACGUGGACGUGGACCUGGUCGUGGACGUGGACGUGGACGUGGACGUGGACAUGGACGUGGACAUGGACGUGUAG